AUGAGUACUGACACAUUAAUGCAUCAUCGAUAUCGUCCUAUCGUGGUCGGCGCCGGGCCGUCGGGCCUCGCCGUCGCCGCCUCGCUCCACCAGCUCUCUGUUCCUGCGGUCGUCGUCGAGAAGUCGGACGGCAUCGCCAGCCUGUGGCGCCACCGCACCUACGACCGCCUCAACCUCCACCUCCCUAAGGCAUUCUGCCAGCUUCCCCACCUCCCCUUCCCUGCUCACUUCCCGGAGUACCUUUCCAGGGACCAGUUCCUCGACUACCUCCACGCUUACUCGGCCCACUUCUCCCUCUGUCCGCUCUUCUCUUGCGAGGUCGUCGACGCCCGCUUCGACCGCGCGGCCUCCCUCUGGAGAGUCACCACCGUGCGAAGGAGCCCCUAUGAUCUCCCAGUGGUGGAGCACUUGGCCUCGCCGUGGCUCGUGGUGUCGACGGGGGAGAAUGCGGAGGCGGUGUGGCCGGAGGUGAAGGGGUUGAAGGGGUUCGAGGGGAGCGUGUUGCACUCGAGCGAGUACAAUAGCGGGAAAGAAUUUAAGUCGAAGAAGGUGCUGGUGGUGGGGUGUGGCAAUUCUGGUAUGGAGAUAUGUGUGGACUUGUGUGACCAUGGAGCAUUGCCUUUCUUGUCAGUGAGAAAUGAGGUACAUGUUCUACCAAGGAAGAUGCUGGGAGUCUCUACAUUUGGGCUCGCCAUUAAGUUGCUCCGAUGGUUGCCCACGAGAAUGGUGGAUAAGUUCUUGGUAAUAAUGGCCAAAAUGAUCAUCGGAGACACCGAGAAGUUUGGCCUGAAGAGGCCUAAGUUGGGUCCUUUGGAGCUCAAGAACACCAUUGGCAAAACACCUGUUCUGGAUGUUGGAGCCUGUUCACUGAUCAAAAGCGGCAAGAUCAAGAUUGUACGUGAAGUGGAGGGCCUCACAAACAAUGGCGCCAGAUUUGUUGAUGGAGAAGAAAUGGAAUUCGACUCUGUGAUCUUUGCAACUGGGUACAGGACCAAUCUCCCUUCCUGGCUCAAGGACAUGGAUCUUCUCUCGGCUGAAGGGAAGCCCAAAAAUGAAUUCCCCAGUGGGUGCCAAGGAGGGGAAGGUGGCAUCUAUUUUGUAGGCUUUUCAGGGAAAGGUCUUCUUGGCUCCAGCGCUGAUGCCAUCAAGACAGCUCUUCACAUAUCUGAAGCAUGGAAAAGGCUCUCGAAGAACAAGAACAAGGACAUCCUCCCCCUCUAA